AUGUCCUUUCCCAACAGCUCUCCUGCUGCUAAUACUUUUUUAGUAGAUUCCUUGAUCAGUGCCUGCAGGAGUGACAGUUUUUAUUCGAGCAGCGCCAGCAUGUACAUGCCACCACCUAGCGCAGACAUGGGGACCUAUGGAAUGCAAACCUGUGGACUGCUCCCGUCUCUGGCCAAAAGAGAAGUGAACCACCAAAAUAUGGGUAUGAAUGUGCAUCCUUAUAUACCUCAAGUUGACAGUUGGACAGACCCGAACAGAUCUUGUCGAAUAGAGCAACCUGUUACACAGCAAGUCCCCACUUGCUCAUUCACCGCCAACAUUAAAGAAGAAUCCAAUUGCUGCAUGUAUUCUGAUAAGCGCAACAAACUCAUUUCUGCCGAGGUCCCUUCGUACCAGAGGCUGGUCCCUGAGUCCUGUCCCGUUGAGAACCCCGAGGUUCCUGUCCCUGGAUAUUUUAGACUGAGUCAGACCUACGCCACCGGGAAAACCCAAGAGUACAAUAACAGCCCCGAAGGCAGCUCCACUGUUAUGCUCCAGCUCAACUCUCGUGGCGCGGCCAAGCCGCAGCUCUCGGCUGCCCAGCUGCAGAUGGAAAAGAAGAUGAACGAAACCGCGGGCGGCCAGGAGCCCACCAAAGUCUCCCAAGUGGAGAGCCCCGAGGCCAAAGGCGGCCUUCCAGAAGAGAGGAGUUGCCUGGCUGAGGUCUCGGUGUCCAGUCCCGAAGUGCAGGAGAAGGAAAGCAAAGAGGAAAUCAAGUCUGAUACUCCAACCAGCAAUUGGCUCACUGCAAAGAGUGGCAGAAAGAAGAGGUGCCCUUACACUAAGCACCAAACCCUGGAAUUAGAAAAAGAGUUCUUGUUCAAUAUGUACCUCACCCGCGAGCGCCGCCUAGAGAUCAGUAAGAGCGUUAACCUCACCGACAGGCAGGUCAAGAUUUGGUUUCAAAACCGCCGAAUGAAACUCAAGAAGAUGAGCCGAGAGAAUCGAAUCCGAGAACUGACCGCCAACCUCACCUUUUCUUAGGUCUGAGGCCCAUGUGAGGCCAGGAUCCGAGAGGGGGCACCGUGUUCCAGGCCCGAGUGCUGGAGGACUGGGAAGGCGGAAACAAAACCUUCAUUGCUCUUUGUUUUGUUUUGUUUUGUUCUGUUCUU